UACCGAAUAAUGAAUGAAUAGUGCCAAAAAUCUGAACUGAAGAGUAAAGUGAAUCCAAAAAAAUUAAUGGCAACUGCAACACGAGUUCUGCUUUCUUCACUCUUCUCUUCAUCCAUUCCCUCAUCUCUUUCUUCCACGCAACUCAGAUUCAAAUCCGUCACACUCUCACCACACUCACCUUCUAGGGUUUUCCACAUGACCACCGCCGCAGGCUCUUCCUCACCACCGUCCUCCUCCGUCACCACCUCUCCUCCCUCCGCCGCCUCCGCAACUCCUUCCGCUUCGUCCGCCAUCGAUUUUCUCUCGAUUUGCCACCGUCUCAAGACAACGAAGAGAGCUGGAUGGAUUCGAAAAGACGUUCAGGAUCCGGAAUCUAUAGCGGAUCAUAUGUAUCGGAUGAGUUUGAUGGCUCUCAUUGCAGCUGAUAUCCCUGGCGUCGAUCGAGACAAGUGUGUAAAAAUGGCUAUUGUUCAUGAUAUUGCUGAAGCAAUUGUUGGGGACAUAACCCCAACAGAUGGAGUUCCAAAAGAAGAAAAAAACCGGCUAGAACAAGAAGCACUAGAUCAUAUGUGUAAAGUGCUUGGAGGUGGAUCUAGAGCCAAGGAAGUUGCUGAGUUGUGGGCGGAAUAUGAAGCAAAUUCUUCUCCAGAAGCCAAAUUUGUGAAGGAUCUUGAUAAGGUGGAAAUGAUCCUUCAAGCCUUGGAAUAUGAACAUGAACAGGGAAAGGAUUUGGAUGAAUUUUUCCAAUCAACUGCUGGGAAGUUUCAAACUGAAAUUGGCAAAGCUUGGGCAUCAGAGAUAGUAUCGAGAAGGAAAAAAACUAACGGUUCUAGUCAUCCUCAUUCCACUUAGUAGUGUAUGGCUCUGAAAGGCAAAGAAGAAAGGAAAAAUGGGGUUGUGUUGUUUGUAUUAGGUUUUGCGCUACAUGUUUACACUCAGGCUCUUCUGAAGCUAGGGCCUAGGCGUAGUAUACAAAUGCAUUUUGCAUUAUGGUGAUAACAGUGGAAAGCAAUGCUGACCUCCAUAAAUGGAGAAAUGUUAGCUGCAAGACGCGGCAUGUAGCAGACAAUGUCAUCAUUAAAGGUAGGAUCAUCUAACUGAAUAACAAAUUGCUCAUUAGACCUCACUGAAAUAUUUUGGAUACUGUUAUUUGAGGGAAUAUAAUCAAUUAGAUUCAUAUUAUACUUACGAAA